CCGCUGUUGCUGCCGCUGUCGCUGCUGCUUCUGCGCGCGCAGCCCGCCGUCGGGAGCCUGGCCGGUGGGAGCCCCAGCGCGGCCGAGGCUCCAGGGUCAGCUCAGGUGGCUGGACUAUGUGGGCGUCUAACCCUUCACCGGGACCUGCGCACCGGCCGCUGGGAACCAGACCCACAGCGAUCACGACGCUGUCUCCUGGACCCGCAGCGAGUGCUGGAGUACUGCAGACAGAUGUACCCAGAGCUACACAUAGCUCGCGUGGAACAGGCUGCACAGGCCAUCCCAAUGGAGCGCUGGUGUGGUGGGACCCGAAGCGGCAGAUGUGCCCACCCCCACCGUGAGGUCGUACCCUUCCACUGCCUGCCUGGUGAAUUCGUGAGUGAGGCCCUGCUAGUGCCUGAAGGCUGUCGGUUCUUGCACCAGGAGCGCAUGGACCAGUGUGAGAGCUCCAGCAGGAGGCAUCAGGAGGCGCAGGAGGCCUGCAGCUCCCAGGGCCUCAUCCUGCAUGGCUCUGGCAUGCUUUUGCCCUGCGGCUCUGAUCGGUUCCGAGGUGUGGAGUAUGUAUGCUGCCCCGCUCCGGCGACUACCAACCCUUCCGGGAUGGCAGUUGGUGACCCCUCUACCCGGUCCUGGCCCCUGGGGGGCAGAGCAGAGGGAGGUGAGGAUGAGGAAGAGGUGGAAUCCUUCCCUCAGCCAGUGGAUGAUUACUUCGUGGAGCCCCCUCAGGCUGAAGAAGAGGAGGAGGAGGAGAAGGAGAAGGAAAGAGUCCCACCUCCCAGCUCCCACACUCCUGCCAUGGUCAGCAAAGUCACUCCCACACCAAGGCCCACUGAUGGUGUGGAUGUUUACUUUGGCAUGCCUGGGGAAAUCAGCGAGCAUGAGGGCUUCCUGAGGGCCAAGAUGGACCUGGAGGAGCGUAGGAUGCGCCAGAUUAAUGAGGUGACGAUACCAGGAAACCCAGCAUCACCACAUGACUCCACAGGGAGAUUCUUUUCUUUCUUUCUCUUCUUUUUCUUUCUCUCCUCUCUCUCUCACUUCCAGUCCAUUCUGCAGACCCUGGAGGAGCAAGUGUCCGGUGAGCGGCAGCGCCUGGUGGAGACCCACGCCACCAGAGUCGUCGCGCUGAUCAACGACCAGCGGCGAGCUGCUCUGGAAGGUUUCCUGGCCGCGCUGCAGGGCGACCCACCUCAGGCUGAGCGAGUCCUGGCGGCCCUGAGGCGCUACCUGCGCGCAGAGCAGAAGGAACAGAGGCACACUCUGAGGCACUACCAGCACGUGGCCGCUGUGGAUCCCGAGAAGGCCCAGCAGAUGCGCUUUCAGGUACAGACGCACCUCCAGGUGAUUGAAGAGCGGAUGAAUCAGAGCCUGGGGCUGCUGGACCAGAACCCUCAGCUGGCGCAGGAGCUGCGGCCCCAGAUCCAGGAGCUUCUCCACUCGGAACACUUGGGUCCCAGUGAGCUGGAGGCCUCUGUGCCCGGAAGCAGCAGUGAGGACAAGAGUGGGCUUCCGGAAGCCAAGGAUGACACCCCAGUGACCCUUCCAAAAGAUCCAGAAUCUUCCUCCUCUGGGAAAGAGAAGCCGUCCCCACUGGAGCAGUAUGAGCAAAAGGUGAAUGCAUCUGUCCCAAGGGGCUUCCCCUUCCACGCAUCAGAUAUCCAGCGGGAUGAACUGGCCCCCGCCGGGACGGGAGUAUCCCGAGAGGCUGUGUCAGGUCUGCUGAUCAUGGGAGCUGGAGGGGGUUCGCUCAUAGUUCUGUCCUUGCUGCUUCUGCGGAAGAAGAAACCCUACGGGACUAUCAGCCAUGGAGUGGUGGAGGUGGACCCCAUGCUGACCCUGGAGGAGCAGCAACUCCGGGAACUUCAGCGGCAUGGCUAUGAGAACCCCACCUACCGCUUCCUGGAGGAACGACCCUGACCCCACCCCCUGACCCCACCCCGGCUGCCUUCAGCUGAGCCCAGACUGCCCUCUUCCUGGCCCUCAGUCCCGACUCCCAGCCUCCGGUGGGGGAGGGAGAACUUGACAAAUUCAUUCUUAUUUCCCUUUCCCAGUUCCAAAUUCCACCCCACUUAAAAGUUCCCAGCUCCGCCCUACAGGGGACCUCCUCACCUUAAUUUAUUUUAUGUUAAUUUAUUGUUCCUUGAGGUGACCACCACCUGGGUCCCAGUGUGUGUUGCUCCCUGGAAUCCAUCCCAUGCUUCUUCACUAACACCCCAAUAAAGUCGUCUUCCCCACCA